ACCGAAAACAGAUUGUUGUUUUAACACUCACAUUUUCUUUGUAAAUUUAAGAAUAUGUUGUCGCUGACUUACAAUGCUAACAGAGUGCGCAGUGUUUACUGAUCCUGAAAUGGAGUCUUAAUUGUACAGUUUCAAUAUUGAAUUUACCGAUUGGAAAACGUCUUAUUAUCAGAUAAUAUUCUAAGAGCUAAUUAGAGUAACGGUGGUUUUUGUGUCACGUGGAUUGGUGAUAUAUAAUGUGCAUGGUGCCGCGCCGCCGCCGGUCAGCUGAUGGAGAUAAACAAAUCCCUCGGUGAACUGCCAGACAUUUCUACACCAGACAUGGAGGCCCAGAAGUACGCUGGCAGCAUACUUCUUCCUGAUACUGAUGUCGUAUUUAGGAACAUCAAAAAUGCCAAGCGUUUUGCAAUCGACAUUGGUGGUUCACUGACCAAGAUUGCCUACUAUUCUACCGUGUCUCACAGGAAGGUCUUGUACAGGUAUAAUGCAGAAAAGGACAGUGCUGCAUCAGUGGACGGAGAUGACUACCAGUACGAGAGCUCUGAAACAGAACGCUUGCACUUUGUCAAAUUUGAAACUAAGUACAUUGAACACUGCCUAGACUUCAUACGGAACCACCUCGUCUUCAGUAAGGAAUCCAUGGCUGGGAAGAGCAUAAAGGCAACAGGUGGUGGAGCUUAUAAGUAUGCUGAGUUAAUUCAACAAAAGCUGGGAUUAACGGUGGAAAAGGAAGAUGAGAUUGGUAGCCUGAUUAAGGGGUGCAACUUUCUGCUUCGAAACAUCCCUGACGAGCAGUUCUCUUACAGUCGACAUGAAGACCCAGAGUACCGCUUUAUUAACACUGAGCCAAACAUAUUCCCAUACCUUUUGGUCAAUAUUGGUUCAGGUGUUAGCAUUAUGAAGGUUGAAGCAGAUGACAAAUACGAACGAAUUGGUGGUACCAGUAUGGGUGGUGGAACGUUCUGGGGACUUGGCUCAUUACUAACUAAGGCUAAAGGAUUUGAUGAACUCCUGCAGCUGGCCAGUGAAGGGGACCAUCGCAAUGUUGACUUACUUGUCAAGGAUAUAUAUGGAGGUGACUACAGUGCCCUUGGCUUGACUGGAGGCAUUAUAGCCUCAAGUUUUGGCAAGGCUAUGCAUCAUGGACACACAAAAAAUGAUGACAGUCCAGGUUUUUCAGAGGCAGACAUUGCAAGAAGUCUAUUGUUUACUGUCAGCAAUGAUAUUGGACAGAUUGCUUCUCUUUAUGCAAUGCUCCAUGGCCUGAAGAAGGUGUACUUUGGUGGUUACUUUUUACGGAACCACCCAGUCAGUAUGCACACUAUCAGCUUUGCUAUUAAGUACUGGAGUCGUGGAGCAGUGCAGGCUCUCUUUUUACGACACGAAGGAUACCUUGGGGCCAUAGGAGCAUUUCUGCAAGGGGCAGAAGAGUGUGGUAAGAACUACACAGAAAAAUACUCAUGGGGUGAGAACUAUGCGGGAUCAUCUGGUCUGCAGUCUCCUCUGCCUCACCCUCCUGUGGGUGGGUGGCCAGGGGGAACAAUAGACCAGCUGGAGAUUGACCGGUGUGACCAGCAGCUUACAUUCUUCCCCUUGUUGGCUCACCCUGAGGAGUAUGUGCCUGAUGCUGUUGACCUCACGAAGGAUAAAGAAGCCAGAGACUACUGGUUGUCCUGCUUUGAAGGUUCAUUAGGAAGUUUUGUGAAUUGUGCCAUCAACUCCCAACCCAAUAUUCCUGACAGUAGAGAAAGGGCAAAUAAAUUCCGUGAUAAGUACCUGCAGCGACUUAACAAUCUCAAGAAUCAUCCAUUUGCUUAUGGUAACUUGACUGUACGGAGUUUACUUGACAUGCGAGAACAUUGUCUCAAUGAAUUUGAUUUUCCCGAUCCCUACCUGCAACAGAAAAAGUUGGAGAAUGAAAAUGCUUUAAAAUUAUUGAAGGACCACUUGAAGGUCUUGGAUGGAUUAGAAUACAAUAAACGCCAGGAGGCUUUAGUCCGUGGGAUUUUAGCAGGCAAUGUGUUUGAUUGGGGAGCCAAGGAAGUGGUAGAGCUUAUGGAACAAGGACUUGGCUUCAAGGAAGCUGCAGACAAACUCCAAGCUCGCCCGUGGCUUCAUGAUGAUCUAGAUGCCUGGAUUAGUCGGCAACAACAGUCUCCCUAUAAAUGUGCUGUUAUAUUUCUUGACAAUUCUGGCUGUGAUGUCGUCCUUGGGAUUAUCCCCUUUGCUCGAGAACUGCUUGUCCGAGGAACCAGAGUUGUGUUGUGUGCAAACAGUAAACCAGCAUUAAAUGAUGUGACAGCUGAGGAACUAAAUAUGCUGAUGAAACAAGUAGCUGGUGUGUGCCCCAUCAUUAGCCAACACCUAGAAACUGACACUCUCUGUAUACGUGAGUCAGGUCAGGCUUCACCCUGCCUUGAUCUCAGUCGUCUUCCACUUUCACUAGUGGAUGAAUUGGUACAGUGGGGAUGUGACCUGGUGAUGAUGGAGGGGAUGGGGCGAGCCAUCCACACUAAUCUACUUACCCCACUCACAUGUGAUUCCCUGAAGCUUGCUGUUAUAAAGAACAGAUGGCUAGCCCACAGACUUGGCGGUGAUAUGUUUUCUGUAAUGUGUAAGUAUGAAACGGGAAGUAAAAAAGUUAUAGGCAACUCCAGUACAACAGCAAGUAGUUUAUCCUCGGCAUCAUCUUAGAAGUGUAUGUUAAUGCUUAAUGUUGGAAGAUAAGCAUUGUAAAACACUUCUGGGGGAUAACAAUAUGCAUAAUAUAACAUAUAUAUAUAUUUGGAAUAUAGAAAUAUUGUACAGGUGUCCCUUGAUUUACAAUCAGUUUGUAUUCCUCAAAACCCAAUGGUUAAGUGAAUGAUCAUACUGUAUAUUGAACAUGUUUUAGCAUGAUGUUAGUGGGGUUAUGUUCCCAAGUCACUCAAAGUGGGGGUUUUCACCCAAAUAGGCUCUAAAACUCACAGUAGUAAAUUACUACACCUCAAUGCCACAAUAUAAUGAUACUUCGAUGCCACAAUGCAAUGCAUAUUUUGUACAUACACUAUAUGUAGUAUGAAAAUGGUGAUAUAAAUAUUAAAUAAAAAUAGAAAAGUGAGUUGGGUUAAGUCAUGGAAAAAUUACAGUAUGAAAGCACCUCCCCCAUACAUCAUAAAAUGAAUGGUAAAGAAAAAUAGUAAGGUGAAAGUUAUCACGCCUAUAUUAUGUUGUAAGGGCCACACUCGGAGGCUGGAGGACUUCUAUUGCUCUGAAUAAUCAUUCUAACUCAGCCACUAAUGAAUGGGUGGUACUCGGUGCACUUAAAGUUGUUGGAGUGGCAGGUCUGAUCUCAGGGGAGGGUAGCAUGACUUAGGUUCUAUAAAAGCUAACUCUGAGGGUAGAUGGAACCGGCUCAGGUGACUCGGGCUGUCUCUUUUGGGAGUUUUGACCCCAAAGAAGCUGGUAAUAAUACUCUGUUGUGUCUUUCACUCACUUGAUUCUUACAUUCUUGAUAAUGAAUCUGUUGCUCAAUGUUGUGCAUCAAUUGAGAACUUCUUCAGAUACAUCAACUCUUCUUUGCUUAGCUCCUCUUCAUGGCAUCAAGGAGUUCCUAAACUUCUUCCUGGUCAACUUCAUUAAAGCCAGCCUGGUGGUAGAGCUGCACAAUAUCUCGGCAAAUCUUUUUAACUGGCUCAAAUCCAUGAAAACCAUGCACACACUUCAGCCAAAAGUUUUCCAUACCCUCCUUCCAUGACUCUGAAAUGCUGUCCAUACCUUCUUGAUGUUGUAAUUGUGCCACAACUCCUUGGUUGUUGGCUUGUCCAGUCCAUGGGAUGGAUGAGUGAGGUUGCAUUUGGUGGCACAAACAGCAUGUCAGUGUUGUCUGCCCACUCGUCCAUGGAUGGUGGAUGUGCAGGAGCAUUUUUGAGGAUCACAAGGUACGUGUUGGCAAGAUAAUUGGCCUUUCAGUACUCCUUACACUUUCUGGAGAGGUAGCCAACCACGCAGCUCUGGCACAAUGUCAUUGUCAACCACGCUAAAGAUUUGAUUUCCAGAUGACCGUUAGAAACUCCUUAAUAUAACCCCUGAGUGCUUAUGGAUUUUCCAAGUGGCAGACAAGGAGUGGCUUCAGUUCAAAAUCUUUGGUGUUACCUCCAAAUGACAGGGUGAGGCAUGCCUUGGCAGCUUUAAAUCAGAAGCAGGUUCUUCUCUUUUGCAGUGAAGGUUCAGGAGGACAUCCUCUUCCAAAAUAACCCAUUUCAUCAGACUUGAUAACUUGCUUGGGACUGAAUCCUCCUUCUUGGAUCUUCACCUUCAGGCGAUUGGUGACAGUAGUGGCAGCUUCACAGUCCACACUUGCUGCCUCUCCUGUGAGAUGGAAGCUCUGGGGGUUGGCACAUAACUUGAACCACUCCAACCAGUCAGAGCUUGCCUUGAAAGUCUCAGUUCCCUCAGUCCGUUCAGAGCCUAAGCCUGACUGCAGUAGUCUCUCCACAUUAACCAUGGCGGGUCACAUGCUCUCGUCAGCCUCGUGGUUGUACUUGCAGUCACACUUUCUCCUACGGUCUUAACUGGUGUAACAUUCUUGACAAUGGUAGAUACAGUACUAUAUACAGGGGUAAUGGGCCAGACCAAGUGCUCUUGUAAUGGAAAUGAGGCCUUCACCCUUCUUAUGGCACUUGAUGAUGCCCAGUUUUACCUCCAAAGUAAUUGCCUUAUGAAGACACUUAACUUUGCUUGAGGUGACAGCUGCAUGUUUCCUAGUAUUUUAGAGUUCAAUCACUGAAUUCACUAGAGAAUGACACCACAAAUGUACCUGUAUUAUGAUUGACAAUUACAGUCUGUAAGCACAGUGAUCAGCACAAUGGUUAUCGUACGUAAUAGGUGGGCACGUGGCAUAAGAGUGGUGAGCAAAGCAAAAACACUUGUGAUGAAUGCAGUUAGUGGCUCAAGUAGAAAGAUUCAGGCAACAGUGGACAGGUAGUCCUUCCCUACUCAGAUGACCAGGGCCGUCCCUAGGAGGGUGUGGGACCCGGGGCAACUCAGCCACUGCGGGGCCCCAGAAAAAAAAAAGAUGUGAAUUACACGAAAGUGCUUGGGAACUUUGUGUUUUCUUCUUUCCUUGUGGUUAUCAGCAUAUACCUGGAUCACGUGCAACUACAGUGAUAUACGUAUAUAUAUAUAUCACAAAACUCAAAAGGCAGGAGUCACAGGACACAACCUCAUCUCACUGGUGGACUGGAGUGCAAUGGAUUAUGCGGUUAGAGAAACCCACCCCCAUUGAACUGUCGCUAUGGAUGGUAAGGUCACGGUUGCGAUGGUGGCGUAAGCCGUGAGGUCAGAUUAACCAGUCAACAGGUAAUGUGUCCAUGGUCACUGGGUCUAGUGCUGGGACCAGCGGUGGUUGCCCCCCCCCCAAAGGACGGGCCUGCAGAUAACAAUGAAUGCAUUUUUGAAUUUCAGCCAUUUUGGGAUGAGAAAUGAAGAGGAAUAUGUACAUGAAGCUGCUAAGGAGUGAUAUUUCUUUUAAUUUCCUGUCACUGCAAUCUUUAAACAGAGAAAGUCCAAUCAUAAAGCAAAAAAAAAAAUAAUUUAAAUAAUUAAAUCAAAUUUUCAUGAGCCGUGAGAUCGUAUAUUGAGGGAUGCCUGCACACCUAAUAUUUUAUUUGAAUAAUAAAUAAGUUGGAAUGUAAGCUUAUUCACUGUUACAGCUUACAUAAGGGAAGCCUUAUUUUAUGAACUAAAUGAAUUAACAUUGAGGUUUAUUAUAUAUUUACAUGUACUAAUUUUAAGGAAAAUCUGCUCAUUGUACAGUCAUUUUCAUAUGAUUAAUGUGAGAAAUAUUAAUUUAGGUAACAAUACCAGUAUUUUUUUAAUGCCGAUGCACUUCUUUAGUUGGAUUCAAUUCCUCUAAAAGAUAUUCCAACUGUAAUGUGUAUGUUCAAUAAAUGUCAGAUUUUCAUAA